UUAUGAUUUGAAAAUGGAGGACUGCAAAACAUUUAAUUUUGGUCAGUGUCCGAAUAGCAUGAAUCAUUUCGACACGUUAGAUGAUUGCCAAUCGACAUGUCGCGACCGCGGCCUUCGUCCAAUAGACUACAAUAUAUCAGCUAAAAUAUAUUGUCAAUUACAACCUGAUUUCGGAGAAUGCAACAGCUAUUACCCGAUGUGGUACUUCGACGUGAGUCAUCGAACCUGCCAUGGUUUUUCGUACAGUGGCUGUGGUGGGAACAAAAAUCGAUUUCCCGAUUCACAAACAUGCUCAACCACAUGCAUUACCGCUUUACAUCUUUAUUCUACUUUCUCUUGA